AUGUCGUUGCCCCCUUCAGCCUUGAACCAGAAGAGCAGCCAAGUUUACUCGGUGGCAAGAGUGUAUCAAGACGCUUGUGCCAAAAGGCCCCAAGAGUACUGGGACUACGAACAAGGAGUCACCGUGGACUGGGGAAAAAUUGAACACUACGAAAUCGUCAACAAAAUAGGGCGGGGCAAGUACUCUGAGGUCUUUAGGGGCAAAAGCGUGGUCAACGAUCAGUAUUGUGUGAUCAAGGUGUUGAAACCAGUAAAGCUUAAAAAGAUUUACAGAGAACUGAAAAUUUUGACCAAUCUGACGGGCGGACCCAAUGUGAUUGGCCUACUGGAUAUAGUACAGGAUCUAGGAUCCAAAAUUCCCGCGUUGAUUUUUGAAGAGGUGAAAAAUGUGGAUUUCCGCACUCUGUACCCUAAGUUCACACUGCCAGACGUGCAAUACUAUUUCACGCAGCUAUUGGUGGCACUCAACUACUGCCACUCCAUGGGUAUUAUGCACCGUGACGUGAAGCCCCAGAACGUAAUGAUUGACCCUGUAGAACGGAAACUAAGGCUGAUCGACUGGGGUCUAGCAGAAUUUUACCAUCCGGGGGUCGACUACAACGUCAGAGUGGCCUCUCGUUAUCAUAAGGGACCCGAGCUGCUUGUGAAUCUAAACCAAUACGACUAUUCCUUAGAUUUAUGGUCCGUCGGUUGCAUGCUUGCCGCUAUCGUUCUGAAGAAGGAGCCUUUUUUUAAAGGUAGCACAAACCCGGAUCAGCUGGUAAAAAUUGCCCGUGUGCUGGGAACGAAAGAGCUUAUGGCCUACCUACGCAAAUAUGGUCUAAAAUUACCCCACGAAUACGACGAUAUCAUGAAGGAUUUCCCUCGUAAAGAGUGGUCAGAGUUCAUACCUCACGACAGCAAUCUAAUCAAACCUGAGGUUAUGGACUUGAUAGACAAGCUUCUGAGAUACGACCAUCAGGAAAGACUCACGGCGCAAGAGACUUUGAAUCACAGCUUCUUCAAGACAGAUUACAACCAAUAA